AUGUUACGUCUUUCUAGACAAGUGUAUUACUUGCCUCAACGCACUCAUAAAAACUUUGGUCAUAAAAGAGAACCCGAGCAAAUGUUUACAGUUCUUUGGCAUGGAUUUUUAACUUUUAGUUUUAUUGGCUUGGGCCUUAAUUGGAGAAGGAUAAUCAAUUAUUUUGCUGCAGAUGAUGCUGAACAAAGUUACCCUUUAGAUUAA